UCGCGGUUCUUGCGUGUUUUAGUUCCAGCGUCGUUGUGGAUGCGUGUGUGUGAACACCUGCACGUCUCCGUCUGCAACAGGGUUCCCUUUGCUUUGGGAUGGCUGACUGGGCUUCUGCUGAAUCCAGAUGGGUGGAGAUGGACCAAAAACACAGGCAACUGAAGCUCUACUAGUCCUCACUUAACUGCAGAUUCAACCUUUUUGUUGUUGUCAAGACAACUGCUGAAAAUGGACCCAAGCUCCUUCAGCGAGAGGAAGAAGACUAUCUGGACCAGUUUACUUAACGCUCCUUCUCUAGAUGGUGCAAAUCCGCCUGUCCUCCAGGAUGCAACAGAAAAUUACCAACUUAGUCACAAAUGUUUGCUCCCUAAGAAGCUUUGACUUAAAAAGGACCUCUGUUGUUGACUCCAAGUAGUUUUAGGGCUGCAGUCAACAUGGGCAAGGAACACGAUUUGCUGGUGGCCGUGAAGAAUGGAGAUGUUCUCCUGGUGCAAAAACUUCUCUCCAAAGUCAAGUGCAACAAAACCAAGUUGCUGGGUUCCACCAAGAGACUGAACAUCAACUACCAGGACGGCGACGGUUUUUCAGCGCUGCACCACGCCGCUCUGACAGGAACCACAGACCUGUUGUCUCUGCUGCUGGACGUUCAGGCCACCGUGGACAUCAAGGACAUCAACGGCAUGCGUCCACUCCACUACGCGGCGUGGCAAGGUAACGCUGACUCUGUGUUGUUGUUGCUGAGAGCUCGCGCUUCAGUUAACUCGGCUUCCAUUGAUGGACAGAUACCGUUACAUCUCGCUGCUCAGUACGGACACUAUGAUGUGUCUGAGAUGCUGCUGCAGCACCAGUCCAACCCCUGUCUGAUGAACAAGGUUAAGAAGACGCCGCUGGACCUGGCCUGCGAGUUUGGCAGAAUAAAGGUGGCACAGUUGCUGCUAAGCAGUAACAUGGUGACGCCGCUGUUAGAAGGCAAGGAAGGAUCCGACGGCGUGGACUCGCCAGCCAACACGCCGCUUCACCUGGCAGCCAAAAACGGACACAAAGACAUUAUCAAGUUGUUGCUGAAAGCUGGCAUCGACAUCAACAGAACCACCAAAGUGGGGACCUCCCUGCACGAGGCUGCCCUCUAUGGAAAAACAGAAGUAGUGCGGCUCCUAAUUGACGCCGGCAUCAAUGUCAACAUACGCAACACGUACAACCAGACGGCUCUGGACAUCGUCAACCAGUUCACCACCUCUACUGCCAGCAAGGAAAUCAAACAGCUGCUGCGAGAGGCAUCGAGUUCUCUCCAGGUCCGAGCUGUGAAGGACUACUGGAACCUCCACGACCCCACCGCCCUCAACCUCCGGGCUGGAGACCUCAUUAUGGUCCUGGAGCAGCACUCAGAUGGCCGGUGGAAAGGUCACGUCCACGACCCCCAGCGGGGGACAGACCGGGUGGGCUUCUUCCCUCCUUCUGUGGUGGAGGUCCUCAGCCGGAGAACAGGGGGCACCAUUUCCCGCCAGGCCUCACUGCCCUGUCAGCGACAACAGUUUUCCACCAGAGCUCCGCCCUCGAGCCUCUGCCCCGCCCCUCAGGCUGACGGUUCUGUCCCGCGUGGUUAUGAGCACUCAGGAGCUUCACCUGGCAGUCAGCUCUCAACCCCAGCUAGUCCUACUAGCCCCACUCAGGACAUUUGGGUACUCAGGAGUUCUCCGCCUGGUGACAGAAACAGUGUUGGCAGUGCCGGCAGCGCGGGCAGCAGCCGCAGUGCCGGGAGUGGCCAAAGCUCCGAGAGCGGCCACAAACAGAAUGGGAUUCAAACCUGCAACAGCACAGACACUGACAAGGCAGGGCCCCCUGGUGGUGAAUCAGGGCCAGAACAGAAGCUGGUUGACGGCUCUGCAGGGGGUUCCCAGCGACAGGUUAACGGUACGCCUCAGAAAGGACUUUUUCGGCCCGAACAGCUUCUUGAUGGAAAGGACUCGGAGGCCAUCUACCAGUGGUUACGCGAGUUCCACCUGGAACAGUACAUCUCCAACUUCAUCAAAGCAGGAUACGACGUGCCUACGAUCAGCAGGAUGACCCCCGAGGACCUGACGGCCAUUGGUGUGACCAAACCAGGCCACCGUAAGAAGAUCUCCAUGGAGAUCAGUAAGCUGAGUAUCCCAGAGUGGCUUCCUGAUUACAUUCCAUCUGAUCUGGGGGAGUGGUUGAGUCUGAUCGGACUUCCUCAGUACCAGAAGAGGCUGUGCGACAACGGCUACGAUUCCAUCGCCAUUGUCAAGGACAUCACCUGGGAAGACCUGCAGGAGAUCGGCAUCAUAAAACUGGGCCACCAGAAGAAGCUUAUGCUAGCAGUGAAGAGACUUAGUGACCUGCAGCGUUCCCGUAACCACACCGACAGAACCGGAGGAGGGAUGGUUCCACAGACGCCUCCCACCAUGUUGGAGCUGGUGGCAAUUGAACACACACCAACACACAACACGUGUGCAGAGGUGCCAUCUGAGGACGGCUGCCCCUCCCCUCGUACUACCAGAGCCCUCGUCUCCUUCCAGGACAGCGAGUUAAGCGCCGAGCUUCAGAACGCCAUGAUGGGCAAGACAGGCAGAGGAGGAGCCGGGGAGGCAUUUGGCUUUAGAGGCGUGGCAUCUACAGCCAUGUCAGUCAGUCAGGAGAGUAUUGGCAUGCGAUCACGGGGCUCAGGGAAUUCUGGAAGUUCAGGCUCAGGAUGUCCACAGGAUUUGCAAACAGUGCCACCUUCACUCAGGACAUUAAUUCAUUCUGAAGAGAAUCAGGGAAUGAGAGGAGCAGGUGAAGAGGUAAAGCGAGGUGAAAGCAGUCUUGGAUACAGAAGUAGACCCAUAGAGACACUGGAGCAGCAGAAUCGUGCCGCUACUCCCAACAAAGUUCCCUUCUCCCCACUUACUCCUCCUCUAACACCAAGCAAGAUGCCUCGAUUUACCUACUCAAACAUCCCCCCCAAGUCUAAACCCUUCCAGUCCUCAAGCCGCCUUUAUCAGCCUCAGCACCACCCAUCAUCCUCCCCAUCCUCUCUAUCCCCACAGGGUUCCCCCACACAGAAGGGUUUCAGUUACCUCUGUGCACAGACAGGAGGCGCUAGUGGGGCUCCACAAUUGCUGUCCAAGCCCCUACCCGGAGCCAGUCCUAUCCUGGUUCCCAGGCCUGGACAAGACAGUGCCAUCAAUGCUGACAGGGGCACACAUCAGAAGCGUGCCCAAAGUCUGACUCGAUACGCUCUGUCUGAUGGCGAGCCAGAAGACGAUGACAAAGAUGAUGUCACUUCUGCCAAUACCUCUGCUUCUUCAGUAGCCAUGCCUUGUUAUGCCACGCUGGCACGCAGGCCUGGCCGAGGGCGCGCGACCAUCACAGGGGCCCAGCGUCACGUCAACCGCAGUCACUCCUUUGCUGUGCGAUCUCGACGCAAAGGCCCACCCCCACUCCCACCUAAGAGAAUGAGCUCAGUGAGUGGCACAUCACCGUGCCAUUCAGGAAGUGGUCAAGUAGGAGAAUCAGAGGUCAACAGAGGGGUGGAGAUGGAGAGCGCUGGCAGCGUGAGGAGCAUUGCAGCCAGGCUGGAGGGAAGCGGUGGAAGUCCAUCCAAGAGGAUAGAUGUCCUGCCGUUCCAUGUCCCAGGUUCACCAGUUUUCAGCCCCAUUUCUUCUCCAUUUCAAAGUGGGACUACUUCUCAUUUCAUGCUCCAGUCCUCUAAACCUGUCCCUGCCCUUGGACUGGGAGGCCUGAGGAGGACAGGAAGCGAGACAGUGGAAGGGCAGACUGACAGACUGUUCCACAGAGGUGAAGAAAGGAAAAGUCAGGGAGUGUCAAAGAGUUCCACUGCCUCUGGAAAAAACACUUCCACUAAUAGUCUACCUUUUGCUGAAGAAGGAAACCUCACCAUCAAACAGCGGCCCAGGACCACGUGCACGGCUCUGAUAGACUCUGAAAUCAAAGUCCAGGCUCCUCCAGAAGGUCUAACCCAAAGCCCUAACAGCCUGGAGCUACCAGAGUUCAAUCUGAAGGAGUCGGACACGGUUAAAAGGCGACACAGACCCAAAGAUGUGGUGGUGCCAGAGGACGUAGUGGUUCCCAGUACCAGAGAUAUUUCUCAAUCACACUCGCUAACAUGGACCAGUAUCGUCAAAACGCUGAACGAUAAUGAAUCACAGAGGCAGGGAAGCGCUUUCCAGAGGAUCGGCUCCAUGGGAAAAGGCACGAAGCCUCCUGUGUUCAUGAAACCACUGAGUCCCCACAAACAGUCCUGUAGCAGCACACCAUCGAGUCCGCAAAGAACCGCUGGCGCCCAGACAGCCAUCCCGAAAUUAACCGGCAUCCAGAUUCACACAGUUUCUCCCAAACGUGGUGGCGGUCCACAUGUGCAACCUGUACAACACACACAAACCACGCCCACAACAGGAAGUCUGCAGAAACCAGCCGGUUUUCCAACAUCAAGACUCCAUCAGCCCGGUACAGAUCCUGUAACACCUGCGGGUCUGAACCUCAGCGGGGUCCAGAGCGUCGCUUUCACUGCUCCGCCGCCAUCGUUGUACCCGCCCCCCACCCCACCGGGUCAGGCAGGAAGAGUCGGGUCAGCGCCUCGAACCGGCGCGGCGUGCCUGGAGGUGCUGGCUCAGAAGAGGCUCGAGGAAACCAGCACGUCCCUGGAGGCGGCUCUCAAAGUGGUGGAGAACAAGCUGGCACAUGGCGGCAGUUUGGACGGCAGCAGCAGCACUGUGAAGGCAGCCGGAAAUAUUCUGGACGACAUCGGGAGCAUGUUCGAUGACCUCGCUGACCAGCUGGACGCCAUGUUGGAGUGACCUUCGGAGUCUAAAGCACAGAGGGCUGAACGACAUGAAUAAACAGCUCGCGACGACACAACGGAUAAAUACUGGGCGGAUAAAUAAUAUUCCUGCACAGCCUUCCUUAAUACUUCCACUUUUCCUCGCCCAAUAUGUAGCACAGCCUAUUGAGAACGUUACUGCAGCUUCCACUAACGGGAACAAAGGAUGAUUUUUUUUUUUGUUUCUUUGUUCUCACAGUGUCCCGACUUUAUUUAUGUUUUUAACUGAUGACUCUGUCGUUAUGUAUAUUAGCAUCACUGUAUUAUAGAAUAUGACUCAUUCAUGUAAAGAAGCAGAACUUAUGUACCUACUAGAUUUUCAAUAUUUUUAAACCAAAGUCAGACUUUUAUGUUCAGGAGUAUUUUAAGGGUUUUCUGUCAAAUGGGAAAAAUGAUUUAUUUUUUUUAAGCACUAAUGUCAGUAAAAGCACACAAGUAUGUAAAAAAAAAAAUAAAAAAUCAUAAUGAUCAUUUCAGAAACUCCUCCCACGUCCUAUGACUCACUUCCACCAAACUCAAUUCGUGGUUGACAAACGUGACACGCUUAUGGAAGUGGGAUCUGGAAUUCCCAGCAAGGUCAAAUUUGCCAAAGGUCGAUAAGGUCAAAACUGAAGCCCCCCCCAACUUUCAUUUGCAACAAAUUUAACACACAUAAGGUGGUGGGUUGUGGAAUAACCCAAGAAGGGUGAAUUUUACCAAAGGUUAGGGGGCCAUGCUCAUUGGGGUCAAAGGUCAAAUUCAAGAUUUGUUGUCAUUUGUUUUUUUGUUUUUUUUUCUCUCCAAUUUGCACAAAUAUGGAGGUGGAUUCCGAAAUUGCCCAACAAGGUCGAAUUUGCCUUUGGGUAAUCUGAAGGAAUUAAUUUUGGAAAAGGUCAAGAUCAAAGAAUGUGAUAUUCAACCCAAUUUGGACCCAGUGUGGCACACACUUAAGUGGAUUCCGGAAUCACCCUGGCAAAGUCAGGAGAGGUCAAUUAUUCUGGUGAAGUUCAAGGUCACUGGGGUAAAGUCAAAUGGUCGUAACCCUGAGAUAUUGUUACAGAGUUUACUGAAAUCCACUGAGGCUCCGUUCAGACAGAUAAUUUUCAAAAUGAAUUUAAUACACCCUCAUAAAUGGGCGUGGCUUAAAGAUGGCAACACAAUUUCUAUCCAUAACUCAAACUCUGGUUAUUAAUUUAAAUUAAAUCUUAGCCGCUCAUUAAGAAUGAAUGAAUUCCAACAGGUGACAGAUUUUUGCUGAAAUUUUUGGGAGAUGAUCAAGUAGGGCAAAUCGGACAUCUGGUAUCGCGUUGCUACAAAAUCAGGCUUUUUUUUUUAAUCUGCAUUUAAUCUGCAGGUUAUUACUGCACAUUAAAAAUGUUCCAAAAUAAAACAGCUGCUGCAAAAGUUCAGUCAAACUUUAAUUUCCUCUCUAAUGUUUAUUAGAACAUGACAGAGAAACGCUGAUGUUCCCUGAACCCCCUGAUGUCAUUGUGUCUCAGCAGCCGGUUUUAGUAUU